UCAACGAAAUAGAAAUGGCCAUGCCUUCACAAGCUACUUCAGACAAACAAACCAUAGUGUCUCAAGAAAAGAAAGUGAUUGUGAACGAAAAGACUGGUGGAAAGCUUGUGGGAAUACUACAUGAAGCUGGAUCUCUUCAAAUUGUCAUCAUAUGCCAUGGAUAUAUGUCAUCAAAGGAUGAUGAAGUUUUGUUGAACCUUGCAACAUCUUUUGAUAAAGAAGGAAUCAGUUCCUUCCGUUUUGACUUUUCUGGCAAUGGGGAAAGUGAUGGUUCUUUUCAACUAGGUAAUUACGAGAGUGAGGCUGAUGAUCUACAUGCUAUUGUGCAAUAUUUCAAUGGAGCAAGUCGUUCUGUUUGCACAAUCAUUGGCCAUAGCAAAGGAGGUGAUGUUGUUCUAGUCUAUGCUUCUAAGUAUAAGGAUGUGGAUAUUGUCAUCAAUGUUUGUGGACGUUUUGAUAUGACAAAAGGCAUAGAAAAAAGUUUAGGUGAAAACUAUGAGGAAGCUAUGGAAAAGCAAGGAUUUGUUGAUAUUAAGGAUCCAACAGGUACAUUGAAUUAUAAGGUGACACAGGAGAGUUUGAUGGAGCGUCUAAAUACUAACAUGCGCCAAGUUUGUCUCCAUAUCAACCAAGAAUGCAGGCAAUUUCAUUUUUUUAUAUAUAUUUUGGAGUCAUAACAAAAGUUUAGUCUCUAA